AUGUUAAUAUUCGGAUUUGCUGCUAAAACUUUAAUUGUUGCUUAUGCUACUUUAGCUUUUUUGCGAAUAAUGCCAAAUAAAAAGGAGUCUUGGAUGUUUCCAACACUAACUGACUCGGACAUAAUAUUUUUCUUUGAAUCCCUUAAAGUAGGUAUUUCAAUAACUGACCAUGACCUAAAGAGACCCAUGUAUGAUCGUAUACGUGAACUCUAUACUAAAGUUUUAGAAGAGACUACUGGAGGAGUAUUUGAACAAUUUGACGUUAUAGCAUUUCAGUCCAUGCAAGAAAUUUUACAGGAAAUAGAUGCCACCGAUCAUCAAGAUAUAUACACAAUGCAAAUGAACGCAAUUGCCUUUUAUAUAAAAAUGAGAAGAUUCAUGCAAGUUGUGGGUAUAUCAGAUUUCAACUUGGGAGAUAUCAUAAAACCGGAACCACAGAGACUUCGUACAAUUCUUAGUGGAAUUAUAAAUUAUAUGAAAUUCCGUGAGGAUCAAAUAAAAAUUUUAUCAAAAUUGGAUCAAGAAAUCGAAUCUAUUGAAACGAAAAAUGAAGAAUUGGAAAGUCAUUGUCUUAAUCUUACUGCGAGACUUAAUGCUUUGAAGUUGCAGCGUAAAGAACAAGAACCGGAAGUGAAAAAGUAUAGGCAGAUUAAUGAAACCCUUAUGAGCAGAAUGCGUGAAUUAAAAAAGAAACAGACAGGUAUGCUGUCCGAGAUAGAAAGUUUAAAAGCUUCCAGAGUCGAAUGGACUGAUAAAAUCAAUAACUCUCAAUUUCUACUGGUUACUGCUAAACAAAAUCUCGAGAGUUUGAAAAGUCGCAUAGUAUUAAAUCCGGAAAAGUUGAAACAGACCGUUGAAGAAAUGAAUAAUCAUCUGUCAAAAGAAAGAGAAGAUCUAUCAGUGGCGGAAAAGUCUAUUCGAGAUAUUAAUGUAAAAAUAGACAUGCUGAAAGCUGUUGAGGAAGAAAUUAAAGUCUGCAACAAAAUUCUGGACGAAGUCUUAAAACAAAUGAAUACUUUUGAUAGGGCCAACAAAGAACUCAGAGAUUUACAGGAUGAUGUUGAAACCAAACGACAGAUUUUACGCGAAAUUGAGAAGAAAGAACAGUUUCUGACUCGUCAAAGACAAAAUUUGGAAGAAAGACUUAAACGUCAACGAGAUAGACACAAUCAAAGGGUAGAGGAGUCAGAAAAUAAAAUUGCGAUACUGCAACAAGAGUACGAAAAGAUUCAACAAGAAAUGAACGAAUAUGAAUUGAAAUCAGCAGAGGAAAGGAAGUUGCAUGAUGAAUUGCAUGAAAAGAUUGUUGAUAAGGUUCAAAGCUGGGAAAAGGAGAAAGCUGCUAUAGAGUCUCAAUAUAAGGCACUUGUGGAUAAAAUAGAUAGCUAUGAGCAAGAACUUCUCUUUACCAUAAAAUGUCACAAAAUUUAA